UCUGUCACUGAAGGCUGAUCGACAGAGGAAUGUCACCUGUCAAUUAUGUAACCAGCCAUGGAAAAAUCACACAUGUAUACCUUUUCCGCUCAGACACAUGAUGCACAUUGCUGUACAGAUUGCACUGCUGUAGGCAUCCUAUGGAAGCGGUGUGGACGUCACUCAGCUAUCAGCCCCUUCUUCUCGCGCUCCAGGUACCCGUGAUUCUCGUGAAAACCUUGCCUUCGGUACGAAACCGGUCGUCAACCGGACUGGUAAUGCGUGCAGCCAGCUAUACCUGCGUGCUGAUACCCUGAGGGAUCUAUAAUAGCAUCCACAUAAGCAGAUCCUCCACGGGGAUGUAGAAAGAAGAUCAUAUGCUCAGGGAAUGGCGGAAAUGGGGUUGCGUCCCCGAUUGACC